GGGAAUGGUUUUCAGAUGAAAGAAGGGAGGUUGAGAUGAGAUCUUAGGAAGAAACGUUUCUCCGUGAGGGUGGGGAGGCACUGGCCCAGGUUGCCCAGAGCAGUGGUGGCUGCCCCAUCCCUGGAGGGGUUCAAGGCCAGGUUGGAUGGGGCUUGGAGCAACCAGAUCCAGGGGGAGGUGUCUCUGCCCAUGGCAGGGGUUUGGAACUGGUUGGGCUUUGAGGUCCCUUCCAACCCAACGCAUUCCAUGAUUCUAUGAUUCUGUUAUCCUAAGGUUCAACUGAAAAAAGAUUAAUAUGAAAGAAAAUGACAUUUUCCUUCUUCCAAGCCAGGGUACAAACAGCAGAGCUUCCAUCUGCAGCUGUCGCUGCCGUGACUGUAAAAGUGUAAGAAAAUCUCUAAAAUUUCUCGAAGUAGAAUGAGAAAGGCAGGCCACUGUGAUUAUUAAAUAGAUUUACGUGUAAAAAUGCAUGCGUGAAUACAGUUUCUUUAGUCAAAUCACAGUUGCACAAGUAAUUGCCAAAUCUGUUCUACUUCUUUACAGUUAAUUCUUUGCUGCAAAUCUUUUUAAGAAUUUACUCAAUGUGAUUUUCCAGAUAUGAUGGCAGCAAUGCACACAGGAUCAGCUGGCUUCUUCAAAUAUAAGUUAAUCAUUAUAACAACAGCUGAUAAAACUUCAGCUGUCUGCUGCAGCUACCAGGAGAAGAAAAAGAAAAAUGAUUCUUGUAUCCUUGGGUCUUUUCUAAUUGAAGCAACUUGCACUUAUUAUUUUAUAAGGGAAAAAGAAAAAGAUAAAGAAAUGACAAAAAGAAGGAAAAUGCCAUGAAUACAAAACCAAUCAAUUUUCAAAAUACAAAUCAAUUUUCAUUUCUGUGCAGUUAUAGGAGAUUUAAACUUAUACUGUGAUGCUGUGAUUGCAUCACUGUGCCGACAUGAUUCUGAAAUACUGAAGACUAUUCUGUUGCUUGACAGUUGGAAGGUUUUCUUUUAAAUAAUACUAUAUUUUGCACAGAUUGUAUGGAUUUAGUAACUGCUGGUUUUGGAAGGAAGAAUUGUGCGGGGAGAUAAGAAACCACUAUUAAAACCCGUCUUGCUAGUGGGGUCCCGUGAUUUGUCAGUCAUGCAGAUUAACUACAAUAAUGGAGAACUUAAAAUUUUGAAGGUGAAUAUGUUGCCCUUUUAAAUACUGCUCUUUCUGCCGAAAACUACCCUUUUAAGCAGAAAGCAAGCAAAUAUUUCCAAGGUGAAAGCAUGCCUUCUCACCUUCUCCACUGCUGUAGUUGUUAUUUUUCAAGACAUAUCAAAGUAUAAUACUUUUCUGGUAAGGGAUGCUUGGGACAAGGAAUUAUUUUUAUAAAGUUUGGUUGACCAGUGAAAUUAAUCUUGAAUUGUUCAGCCCGUCUGAUAUUUGUUUCCAUAUUUGCAGUGAAAAUUAUGUGUAUGAUUUGGGAGGAAAAUAGAGGGAAGAGGUCUGUGAUCCUCUUGAGUUCUGGAAAAUAUGGCUCCUGAAAUACCACAAAGCACCUACUGCAGUUAGGGACAGAUCCUUCUUGGCAAGUAUGAGUGAAGUAAUGUCAAGACUGGUAGUGUGAACAUCUUAAAAAUACUUGCUUAUGCUUUAGCAUUUGGUGAAAAUACUGAAAUUAACCAGACAAAUACUUGAUUCAGUUCCCAGUCUGGAAUUAUAGAUUGGUUUGGGUAGGAAGCCCAUCCAGUUCCAACCCCUUGCCAUGGGCGCAGGGACACCUUCCACUGGUUGCUCAAAGCCUCAUCCAACCUGGCCUUGAACACCUCCACAAUUGCUGGUUAUUACAGACUUAUUUUCUAGAAACUCAAUAACUGCGGACUACAGUUCGGUGAUGACAGUGCUUUGCUGAAAAUUAGGUGUUGAGAAAUGGCUGACCUGAAUGCUAAUACUGUUCUUGCGUAACAGAAAAUUAAAUUCAAAUACUGACUGUUUUUGAGAAACACUAUUAAAAUACUAAGAGAGGAGGGAUGAAGUCAGUAGCAGAAGCCCCACUUUGAGCUUCUACAGACAUUAGUAAUUAACAUUGCUGAUUUCAGAUCUUUUCUCUCCAUCCGUAUGAGACCCGCACUGAGAUAGCUUAAGCUUCUAGGGAACUGUCUUUCAAACACUUCUCUGAUAGUUCAGCGGUAAUUAAUCAUAGAGACAUAGAAUGAUUUGGGUUGGAAAGGACCUUAAAAGUCAUCCAGUUUCAACCUCCCUGCCACAGGCAGGGACUCCUUGCCAUGGACUAACCCUGGUGGACUAGGCCUGGUGUACUUGGAACAUUUAUUUUCUUUCCAGUGUGGGCUGAGAAUUAGCAUCUUCGCAUUCCUUUAUUUAAGAGUUGACCUAUUUCAUGAUUUCUUUUUCAAAUCUCUAGUGCUGCUGGCAGCAGGGCCUUUUGGUGCCGCUUACAUUAUUCUUCUCAUCUCCAGCAGCUGGAACACCGCUACUAGAGUGUUACAGUGAUGUGAUGUUUGUAAAGUCAUCAUUCAACCUUAUUUCUGAGUGUGGAACGAGGCGCUGACGGCAAGUGGCACAGAACCAAAAGCCACCAGCAACCUACUGCCCAACCUGGGAUCAGCACUCAUUGCUCCACUUCCGUUGAGACGCACUGCCUUGACCACUGGACCUGCUCGCCCACUGGUGUGUCUCAUUGCUCAGCCCAUCUUACCCCAUUCCUGGAGGCCAGUGCUGUGCUCAGCGUGGACCUUGCCAUCGGCCACCCCCUCCCUGUGCCCACAGAGGGUCUCGGCAGCCAGCAGCAUGUCUGUCGUGCGCAGGAAGUUUGGGGAUGAGUACCAGGCCGUGGGCCCUGCUCGCAGUGGCACCCGCAGAGAGCGGCAGCGCUUCGUGGACAAGAAUGGGCGCUGCAAUGUGCAACAUGGCAACCUGGGUGGCGAGAGCAGCCGCUACCUCUCUGACCUCUUCACCACUCUGGUGGACCUCAAGUGGCGCUGGAACCUGCUCAUUUUCCUGCUGACCUACACGGUUGCCUGGUUGGUCAUGGCCUCAAUGUGGUGGGGCAUUGCCUACCUGCGAGGUGACCUGUACCGGCCGCAUGAUGAUGCCUACAGCCCGUGCGUGGCCAAUGUGUACAACUUUCCCUCUGCCUUCCUCUUUUUCAUAGAGACUGAGGCCACUAUUGGCUAUGGGCACCGCUACAUUACUGAGCGCUGCCCUGAGGGCAUCGUGCUCUUCCUCUUCCAGUCACUACUGGGCUCCAUCGUCGAUGCGUUCCUCAUCGGCUGCAUGUUCAUCAAGAUGUCCCAGCCCAAAAAGCGAGCCGAGACCCUCAUGUUCAGCCGUGCUGCAGUUAUCUCACAGCGGGAUGGCAAGCUCUGCCUCAUGUUCCGUGUUGGCAACCUCCGCAACAGCCACAUGGUGUCUGCCCAGAUCCGCUGCAAGCUGAUCAAGUCCCGACAGACACCGGAGGGAGAGUUUCUGCCGCUAGACCAGUGUGAACUGGAUGUUGGAUUUGGAACUGGAGCUGACCAACUGUUUUUAGUUUCUCCGUUAACCAUCUGUCAUGAAAUUAACUCAAAGAGCCCUUUUUUUUGCCUCUCACAAAGAUCAUUAAGAAGCGAGCAAUUUGAAAUAGUUGUCAUCCUUGAAGGAAUCGUUGAGACUACCGGAAUGACAUGUCAAGCUAGGACCUCAUAUACAGAAGAUGAAGUUCUGUGGGGUCACAGAUUCCUUCCUGUAAUGUCCCUAGAAGAUGGCUUUUUCCGUGUCGAUUACUCCCAGUUUCAUGCUACGUUUGAAGUCCCCACUCCUCCUUAUAGUGUUAAAGAGCAAGAAGAAAACCUGUCCUUAGCAUCUCCUUUGAUUAGUCCUGACGAUAAAAACAAAACCAGAAGGGAACAGGUUUGUUCAUUUGACUGUAUUGAUAUUACAGGAGAGAAAAACAAGCUCCCUGUUAAACUUCAGAAGAUUAGCUCGAGAAAGGAAGACCUUCCAACAAAAGCCUUGAAGAUGAGUUCCAUUAACACAGGGAAGACUUGCAGUACUGGAGACCUCUUGAAAAUUCAAGAGAUAAGUCCCAUCUCUGAUGGUGAUGACAAGAUACAGCUGAACGCCUUAAAAAUAAAUGUUAAGGCAUUGACUCAGUCUACCAGCAAUCUCGAGCUACAGAAGAACCCUCCAAGUAUGCGCACUCUAGAGAUGAGAUUGGAAGAUAAUUUGCCUGCCAAACUGCGAAAAAUGAACUCCGGUCACCUCUGUUAAGAGCAGAAGCGACAGGAGUUAUUGCUGAUAAACUAUUUUCGAGACUGCUGACCUGAAAGAGUUGUCUUACAGUAAAGUUAUCAUUUGGUUUUGCCACUUUUCAGGAAGAACGAUCCUUCUUGUAUAAUUGUUCUGUACCAAUCCAGUGUAGGUAGCAUAAUAGGACUUUGUCGUGCCAAAGAGAUGUCUGUCCUAAUGAUGUUUAUUGGCGUGCUCGUUGCAAGUUCUACGUUGUCUUCCAUAUAUACAAAUGCUUUUUCACAAAGCAAAGACCAGAUCCUUAGUUGCAGAGUGAAAUGUUCAGAGACAACCUCAAUGAUUCUGUGAUUCUGUUUUGCUAUCCAUCUCAAUCUGUGAAAGAGGGUUGGGUUUUUUUCUGGUUGUUAGUGAGAAAGCAUAAUCAGAACUUGCUGUUUUGUAAAAUGUGAUGUUCGGUAGCUCAGCACCCAGGGUGCUUAUCACUAGGAGAGCACUUCCCAACAAAAGAGUCAGAUUCUACUCUUGUUACGUGGACAGAAUCCAUUCAAAUUCAAAAGGAGUUGCUGUGGCUGGAUCUAAUUGGCGUCGCAUGCCUUCAUGACUAAAACAGAGAGGUAGACUGGUAUAUCCAAGCCAGGGAUGCCUUGGCUUGCAUAAAUCGCUAUUUCUUGCUUUUGAUCUUUCUCCUGCCUACGGUGUGAAACUGGAAAAUGAUAUUUUGCACAGGGCUAGAAUUUGUUUGGUGUUGUUGUUUGUUCUCAAUGUGAAUUUCAACAUGAUCUCUGUGCUGAAAUCUGUAUUUUCAUUUAUUAAAUGUAUUAAUAUGGGAUAUUUAGAUGACAGCGUGAAGUCUUGAUGGAUGAUGACUCUCCUCUUCAGAGCAGCCACUAUUAGUAUAAAAUAAAAUCACAUCCACCUUGAGUUUUGA